AUGUCCACUGACAAGGUCCGGUCUACUAAGCUCAAGUUCAAGGGAGAUAAGGGCAAAAAGAAGCGAAAACGCGACGAUGAAGACGAUGAUGGGAGCAAUAGUCGAAGGCGGCGCGAGGUGAAUGACGACGACAGGGAUCCUGACACCUGGGUAAUGCCAGAGGAUCCGAACGAAAUACGCGGGCCAACGUUCAUCUUCCAACCCUCUGAUCCGUCACCUGUAUGCAUCACAUACGAUGCUACGCGCGCGAGGAUUAUACUCAACGCCCUCGACAAAGACGCCAAGACCGAGGAUGACGCCGGGGGCGGACCCAAGCUGCUAGAGCGUAUACCGUCAGAGGUAUCUCAAGUAUGGGUGACCACCCGGGUAGCAGGCUCACCCACUAUCAACCUGCGGACUGGAACGGGCGAGGGAAAGUUUCUUUCCUGCGACAAACACGGCAUCGUCAAUGCCGAUUCAGAUGCGCGAGGACCGCAGGAGGAGUGGACGCCUGUGCUGCUUCCUGAUGGCAUGGUGGCGUUCAUGAACGUAUAUGAGAAGUACCUCAGCGUCGACGAAGUUGCUGGCGGGCAGCUGCAAUUACGAGGUGACAGCGAGGAGGUCGGGUUUCGGGAGCGCUUCUGGGUGAAAAUACAGAACAAGUAUAAGAAGGAGGCUACGGAGGAACAGAAGAAAAAGAAGAUGGAAGGACACUCGAUGGAGCCCUCUAUCGAUGAGGCGACUACGAACCGGAUAUACCAGUCCUGGGGUGCCGGGAAGGUGGUAACCUCUGGUAAGGACAAGGCCGAGCUUAAAAAGGCUAAGAAAGAAGGCAGACUUGCAGAGGCUUUACUUGACCGCCGCGCAAAGCUGAAGAGCGACCGUUUCUGCUGA